AUGAGCAAUUCCCGAUUUGCUUCGCUGAAUGAAUUCUCUUGCAACUUGGAGACGCUGCUCACCGGGUGGAACGAGUACGUUGCGAAGAAGAAAUCAGAUGGAAGGCUAAAGAAGCAGACUCGUCGAUUGUUUGGCCGGGCCGAUGACUCGGAUUACGAUUGGGUCUCAGCUAAGAUCGAUCCAAUCGUCAACAAGCUCCAUCCAGAUUGGGCAUUCUUUCAUAUGUAUGUAGAUUGUGUCACUCUGUGGCGGCAUAAUCACAGCGAUGAAGCUGGGGCAGUUCGUCGUCGUGCCGAGGAGAAGGCGAAAUAUAUACUUACCAAUAGGGAUUACUUCUUCCGAAAGCCUUACAGUUUGUUAGUUUAUCUCACGUCAUUGGAAAGAGAGAUCAAUGAUCACCGUUUGCUGGCGAACAUUCGAAAAGUGCUCGAGGAAAGUGUUCAGAGCAGAGCUUAUGUUGUGGAUUUUGUCCAUAUAUUUCCUCCACUAUACCGUUUCUUAGAGGUGACUCUUCCAUUGAUUAAUGAUCUUGUUGUUCUCCAAAGGGAGCUUUAUUUUAUCUACGAUGAGCUGUUUCUGAUUCGACGCUACUUUGAUUCUGUUGGACCAAGUUUACCUUGUUAUGUAGAAAAGCCUCAUGAGAGAUAUGUUAAAAGUGCGGUUCUCAGGAUUGCACUUCAGGUGUGUGAUAUUUGGUUUAACAGAACGGACAAAGAAACGACAGAAGUCAUUGCGAGUCUCUUUGUAGAUCUUCGUCAGGAGAUUGAUCCUACAAAUCAAGAGUUUCUGGCAUUGUUCCUCAAAUUCCAACAAGGUCUCCGGGAAAGCGGAUAUUAUUCGAAGGCAGCUGAUGACCCUCCUUUAGUGAACCACUUCUGCAGCUAUCUUCUAUGUUGGCAUGGUGUAGAAGAUCUUAAACGAGAGCUGAUAUCCUUGGUUAUUUGCUUCAACAACAGUACAUUGUUUGUUGGUGGUGGUGAGGAUGUUGACGCUUUUUCUGAAGAGAUUAAGGCUGUGCUGAUGGAGGCAGCCUUUGUCCAUCGUAGGUUGCAACGAGAGUCAACCUUUUCGGAUCCUGCUGAUGACAAGCGAAAUCUUACCGACUGCUUUCCACCUUGCUUUGAGUUACUUUCCAACAUUUGUCUUCUUAAGACAGAGUUGUUUAUCAAGGAGCAGCUCCACAUUCCUCCUCCCGGGAUGCUUUUCAGUGAUGAGCAAUUUUUCAAAGUCGACAUGAUUCUCACAGACCUCAGAGCGUUUGCAAAAGAUAUAUGUGGGAAAUCCAACAGGGAAUUUGUCAAGCAGAGUUUGGUUCUUGCUGAAGAAUUCGCAAAUGAGAUUGAAUCUCUUCAGAAAUCCUUCCAAUCCAAGAGGAUCGAUCAUCUUUUGGUAAAACACUCACUUCUUCAGUUGCUUUUUAAGAUUGUCUUUUUCAAAGCUGAGUCGUUCCUAAUGGAGUCCCUGAAGAGUACUAACAUAUCUAUAGCACAAAACAUGCAUCAAAUUCAAUCUCUUCUUGAGGAGCUUAAAUAUUUCAAACGAAUUGUUAGAGCUAAGCUAACCAGGAACUCGCCAGAUGAGGAAACUGCUUUUGAAAUAGUUGAAGUAGUAUGUAGGAGAAUAGCACUUUUCUCUUGCUCAUUCCAGGCUGACAACAAGAAAUUUGAGAUAAUGAUUAGCUCACUGCCUCGGUUGCUGGAUAAGGUAGAAGUUAUCAAGAAUAAACUAGGAGGAAUAAGUCUUCCUAAGUUUGUCUUUCCCAAGACCGAUCCUCAGGGAUUCAUUGAUUUGUUAGUAAAUAGAAUAAGGGAGCUUCUGGAACAUGAUCCCGAGUUGAUUGCACCAUCACAUGAUAUUAAGGAGAUUUUACUUCAUCUAGAGUCUUUGGAACAUUUCUUUAGGGAAGUAAAAACUUCAAAUUUUGAGAUGGUUGAAUUGGAGGAUCUUGGUAAUCACAUCAUCGACAUAGCAUAUAAGCUGGAAUUUGUUGUCGACUCAAUUCAAUUUGAUAGCCAUUUUCAGCAUUCACUGUGGUUAUAUGAUCUGCUGGUGGAUGUGAGAUUUGUGGAUCAACAGGUCUCCAAACUCCGUGAGAUAUCUUCUUCAAGCAAAAUUAAACAUUCCCCCGCGAUUUCAUCACAGGUGAUACCAAGAGAUGCCACACCAGACAUCAAUGAUCUGCCCAUCGGUCUCGAUGAUGAAGAAAAAGCAAUAGUCGAGCGCCUCACCAGAGGAACCCUUCAGCGAGAUGUUAUCUCCAUUGUUGGCAUGCCGGGUAGUGGCAAGACCACCCUGGCUGCAAAAGUGUACAACAAUCAGAAUAUCAUAUUUCAUUUCCAUCGCCACGCAUGGUGUACUGUUUCACAAACGUACUCCAAAAGGGAAUUGUUGCUAGAGGUAUUGAGUCACCUGCCUGUCACUGAAAACAUUAGUAAGCUGAGUGAUGAUGAUCUCAUGUCCAAAUUACGUCGUUGUUUGUUAGGAAGCAGGUAUCUAAUUGUUAUGGAUGACAUUUGGGACACUCCAGUCUGGAAUGACUUGCUAAAUUGUUUUCCAAAUGAGAGCAGGGGAAGUAGAAUUUUGAUAACAAGUCGUAGUCGGGAGGUGGCCUUGAAAAUCAACCCUGUCAGCAAUCCUCAUUCCAUUCGCCCGUUUUCCGAUGAUGAAAGUUGGAAGCUAUUUGGAAGCAAGAUGUUUAAAGGUGAUUUUUGUCCUGAGGAAUUGUUGGAAGUUGGAAAAGAAAUAGCUCAAUGUUGUCAAGGAUUGCCACUUGCAGUUGUUGCGAUAGCAGGUCUUCUCCAGAGAACAGAGCAGAACAAGGACUCAUGGAAAAAGAUCCUGGGAACCUUAAGCUCAGAGAUAAUCAACGAUCCAGAAAAUCGAUGCAAGGAAAUUUUAGAACUGAGCUACAAACACUUGCCAGAGUAUUUAAAAGCCUGCUUCCUUUAUUUGGGAGUGUUUCUUCAGGACAAGGACAUUCAUGUUGGCAAGUUGAUACAUUUUUGGAUAGCAGAAGGAUUUAUUAGGGCAACUGAGGCAAAGAACUCGGAACAGGUUGCUGAGGAGUACUUGAUGGAGCUGAUUAACAGAAGCCUAGUAAACAUCCAUAGACUAAGAUCCAAUGGAAAAGUCAAAAGAUGCCGGCUUCAUGAUGUCUUGCGUGAUCUGUGUCACUUGAAAGCUAAGGAAGAGAACUUUAUGCAGCUGGUGACCAGUCAUGACAAACCUUAUGUGUCUUUUCCAGAUUCAGAUUUUGGAAUGGAGUUUGUUCAUAGCAAUGAGAUGGCUCCCAUAGCAUUUGAGAGCUACAGAUUAAUCUUCAGUUUGAGAAGACGGCAUUUUAUUGAUUCUAGACCUUCUGCCAUGGGGGCUCGAUGCUUGGCGUUCUUUGCUUCUAUUGAUUCGGAGCCGAAAUGUCCUUAUGACAUCUCCUUCAUUUGUCACAACUUCAGGCUUUUGAGGGUUUUGGACCUGGAACCUAUCAUGGCAAUUAUCUUUCCUCAGGAAAUUGGACUGAUGCUUCAUUUGAGAUAUUUAGCUCUCAGUGGUUAUAUGCAAUCAAUUCCUCCAUCAAUAGCCAACCUGUGGAAACUUGAGACUCUUGUCGUGAACGGAUUGAAAGGUAAAAUCAUCCUACCCGAAACCAUCUGGAGCAUGAGAAGUUUAAAGUAUCUUCAUGUUAAUAACCAUGUAGGCUUCAGCAUGAAUGGUCUUGAUGAACAGGUUAUACGUUCUUUGCACUGGACAAGUUUAAUCAGCUUCUCCACCCCCUCGUUUUCUCGCGAGGAGGAUACGGUGAACAUUUUGAAAAGGAUGCCUAAUCUGCGAAACUUGAGAUGCAUGUUUUUCCAGUCAUGGGAUUCUUGUGAGGAAAACAUUGACUUCCCAGUCCUAGAGUUUCUUACUCAUUUGGAGUCACUCAAGGUUAUUUACCAUGGACCAGCACUUAGUUUCGGGGAAUUUGUCCUUCCCGUAAAUCUCAAGAAACUGUCUCUUUCAAAUUUUCACCUUCAAGGGAGUCAUCUUUCUAUGAUUGGAGAGCUACCAUAUCUCAGAGUCUUGAAGUUAGUUGGUGGAGCUUUUGUCGAGCAAACAUGGACAAUGAAUGAAAAGGAGUUCAAGGAGCUUACCUAUUUGGAAUUAGACUCUCUGCAUUUUGUUAAUUGGGAAGCCUCUUAUGAUCACCUUCCCAGACUUGAACGAUUGGUAUUACGAAAUUGCAGGGAUUUGGAGUUAAUCCCAUCUGAUUUUGCAUAUAUAUCUACUUUGAAGUCGAUUGAAGUGCAGUGGUGUGGGCAGUCUGUUGUUGCGUCGGCUGAAGAAAUUGGAGAUAUCACAGAAGAGAUCAAAGUCAUUAUUGAUCGCUUUUAA